CCGGGAGUUGUAGGCGAUGGGCCUGGCUGCUGCCCCGCGGUGCAUGCCGUGAGUUGUAGUUCGCAUGAGAGGCGGUUGCUAGUCUCGGACCCAACCCGGGCCUCACUGGGAUGGCGGCUGCGACAAGCGGCUGCCAGCCCUGGGGCUCGUUCCUCGGGCUGCUCGGGCUGGUCUCGGCCGCGACCGCCGCCUGGGACCUGGCUUCGGUUCACUGCAACUUCGGCGCCUUCUGCGAGUGCGACUUCCGGCCGGACUUCCAGGGUCUGGAGUGUGAUCUGGCCCAGCACCUGGCGGGCCAGCACCUGGCCAGGUCACUGGUGGUGAAGGUACUGAAGGCCUUCGUCGAGGAUCCGGCUCCCUCCAAGCCCUUGGUCCUCUCCCUUCAUGGCUGGACAGGCACCGGCAAGUCCUACGUCAGCUCCCUGCUGGCGCACUACCUCUUCCGGGAUGGUCUCCGCAGCCCCCAUGUGCACCACUUUUCUCCCGUCAUCCACUUCCCCCACCCCAGCCACCUUGAGCGCUACAAGAAGGAUCUUAAGAACUGGGUUCUGGGGAACCUCACUGCCUGCAGCCGCUCCCUCUUCCUCUUCGAUGAGAUGGACAAGCUGCCCCCAGGCCUGAUGGAGGUUCUACGACCUUUCCUGGGCUCCUCCUGGGUUGUGUAUGGGACCAACUAUCGCAAAGCUAUCUUCAUCUUCAUCAGCAACACUGGUGGUGAGCAGAUCAAUCAGGUGGUGCUGGAGGCAUGGCGCAGCCACCGGGACCGUGAGGAGAUCCGUCUGCAGGAGCUGGAGCCGGCCAUCUCCCAGGCUGUGCUGGAGAACCCUCACCGUGAAUGGCUUCUGGCGCUCGGGCAUCAUGGAGGAACGCCUCCUGGACGUCAUGGUGCCCUUCCUCCCGCUCCAGCGGCACCAUGUGCGGCACUGUGUGCUCAACGAGCUGGCCCAGCUGGGUCUGGAGCCAAGGGAUGAGGUGGUCCAGGCUGUGCUGGACAGCACCACCUUCUUUCCUGAGGACGAGCAGCUCUUUUCCUCCAAUGGCUGCAAGACCGUGGCCUCCCGAAUCGCCUUCUUCCUCUGAGACUCUGGGGUGACAUCCUUGCCCUCCCCCACCUGGCCAGGCUGUCCGGGAAAGCCUUGGGGCCUCUGGCAGAGGGACCCUUGUCCCAUGCCUCCUGAAGAGCAGAUCCAGAGUACAGAGAGUAAAGAUGAAGACAGGUGUUGGCCAGGCUACAGGACAGAGGACUGGAGCUUGCCCUGGCCUCUUAACUAGUUUGAGGACAUUUUGGCCUCAGCUGCCCUCCCCAGGGACACCCCUGGUCACCCAGGACCUCACCAGGCUUUGAUCUCCCCCCUCCAGCCUGAGCCUCCUUAAAAUGUGAAUUGUAACUCAGGGACUGUGGCUCGUGGCUGCCCCUUCCUUCCUGGGUUGAUUUGCCCUUGGCUUCUUCUCUGAGGCCGUACUCCCUAGUCCUGCAGCCCACACGUUUUGUUUCAGUUUCACGGAACCAGGCUGGAUGUAGGAACUCAGGCUGAUACUUGAACCUGGUUUUAAAAGUUUUUAAUUUUGUAGAAGAAGAGAACAAGUAAAAUAAACUUAGUCGUGGGACCAGAGGAA